CUUCCAAAGUCAGCUGAUUUCCCGAUGAAAGCCGGCAAUCUCAAAUCGUGGGGUCGGCAAUGAUUUAGGUUUGCUUGAUCAAUAAAUUAUUCGCUGCCAAGGAGAUAAUUCCGCAGGUGUUGAGACGAGACACCUUCCGUGUCGGGCCGCACGCAAAGCAGCACCAGGCAUGCCAUCACACUCGCUCCGGGCUCCGCAGCGAUGACAAACUUUUUGGAUCAAUUGCCUAAGCAUAUUAGGGAAAUUGCGGAGAACGUCAAUGUUCUCACGCCAGAGGCCGUGCUGACGACGCCCAGGAUCAAGUUUCUGGACACCCGCACCAAAUCACUUUACACCCUGGUGCGUAAGUGCACGCCGGACGAUGUCCGCGUGCUGAAGGAUGCGGCGGCCAAGUGGCUAGCGGAGACCCCGCUGUCAGCCGAUUCCCUGUUCAAGCCACUGGCCAAUGUCAAAUGGUCACGCGUAUCUUUUGGCUGCUCUGCCCUGGAUCGCUGUACGGGCGGAGGCGUGGUCACGCGGGGUAUAACCGAAAUCUGCGGGGCCGCCGGCGUGGGCAAGACACAACUGCUACUGCAGCUCGCGCUCUGUGUCCAGUUGCCAGUGAAACUUGGGGGCCUGGGCAGGGGAGUGGCCUAUAUAUGCACAGAGGAUGCCUUUCCGGCGCGCCGCCUGCUGGAGAUGAGCAAGGCCUUAGAGGCGCGCUACCCCCAGGAGCAACUGAACUUUCUGGGAAACAUUUUCGUCGAACAUCAGUACGAGAGCCAACCCCUUAUCAACUGUGUGAGCAAUCGUUUGCCGCGUCUGCUGCAGCAGCACAGCAUUGGACUGAUCAUCAUCGACUCCGUGGCUGCCAUCUUCCGGCUCUAUACGGACUUUCUGGAGCGUGCCCGGCAAAUGCGCCGCCUGGCCGAUGCCCUGAUCAGCUAUGCGGACAAGUACAACUGUGCCGUGGUGUGCGUCAAUCAAGUGGCGUCCAGUGGCAGUGGCUUGGCGACCGGGCCGCUGCAGGAUGAAGUACCCUGCCUGGGCCUGCAAUGGGCGCAUCUGGGACGCACUCGCAUGCGCAUUUCGCGGGUGCCCAAGCAGCACCGGGUCAAGGAUCAACUGCUCACAGUACGAAAGCUGGAGGUUGUGUACUCUCCCGAGACGCCCAACAGCUUUGCCGAGUUCCUGAUCACCUCGGAGGGUGUGGUGGAUGUGCCAGCAGAACUCCCCGCCCGACCACCGGCCAAAAUGCGACGCCUGUGAUUCAUUGAAUUUAUUUUUUAUAUUCUUUUUAAUUUGUUGAAUUUAAAAUGUGUAACGGCGGCGAUUUGUUCUCUUUUGCCUUAUUUAGUUUUUUUUUCGGGCUUUUUGUUUUGUUGUUUUGUACAAACACUCAAUAAAUAUGUUUCAUUCAAUUGCAUUUUACAGGGUAGCAUAGCGUACACAUACAAUAGCCUUAGACCUACAUUUAUAUAGUUCAUAGUUCAAGUAGUAAAAUCAAUUUUGCAAUUUGUAAUUGUUGCUAUGCCUCCGGGCAACGCGUAUCUUCUUUUCCCUAUCCUUUAUCCUUUAUUCUUUAUCUUCUAUCCUCUAUCCUCUCGCCAUCGUAUACAUUAUCACAUGAAAUUUUCGAAAGUUCAAAUUACAUUUACGUAGUGGCUGCAGUGGCUCUCCAUUUAGACAUUUACAUAAAUGCGUUUCUAAUGGCAACAUUUACAAGGCCCAGUCCUAGUCCUAGGCUAAAUCGCUUAAGCAUACAAUAAAUUAAAUACAAA